AUGGUCUUUCAGAUCGCAGAGACCGACCUCGACGGACUAUGGCUGCGAACCGACUCAUGCCAAGAGCUCAAAGCCGAUAUCCGUUGGUUCCUACGUGAGACGAAAGGUCUUGCCAGCGCCCUGUCCGACAUGCAUGACUUGAUAAUAUCUAAGUCGGCUCACCCCAUAACGGGAUUCCUCCACGGCGACAUCAAGCCCUCGAACAUCCUAGUCACGCAAGACAAGACGCUGGUAUGGAACGACUUCGAGCUCAGUGCUUGGAGUGGCGGAUCCCCACCCAGAAUAACGACUCGCACAUAUUCGGCACCAGAAACACAGCUCUGGGAAGAAGUGACUCAAGCUAGCGAUAUAUGGUCUUUUGGAUGCGUCAUACUGGAAUUUGUGCUGUGGCUCCUACGUGGCUCUGAAGGCUUGGAGAAGUUUGCGCAGGAGAGGAUCAUGGCCACGCCGGGGUCGACAUUGCCUUUCAAGGAUGAUCAGUUCUUUAUGCAGGACUAUUCAGAGAGCGAGGUUACAAGUGCAAAAGUACGAGCAACUGUGAAAGACUACGCACAUUCUCUACGAAGCGACAAGAGAUGUUGCCAAGUCCUUAAGGACACAUUGAAUCUCGUCAUGCAGUACAUGCUCGUAGUGCAGCAGGAAGAUCGGAAAUCAGCAGGUCAGAUAGCGGAAGCGUUUGAAGCGUUCGUUGCCAAGCAAGAGAAAACACUUCAUUAG